CGAAGUUCACCCCCCCGGCGCCCACGGACGUCUCGUAUUAGUCUGCCCCCCACACCCCCCUUAGAAAUCUAAAGAUGGAAACAAGAGCGUGUGUCGUUGACCACAAGUUCGUCACCACACCAUGGCUACAUCGGGAUUAUUGUUUCGCCACUGAGAAUAUCGCAAGAAGAAACGAAGCGCGAGAUGAGUUCAUCUGGAGCUGACAGACCGAGGUUGCUGGCUGGGCAUUGGCUUAGAAGAAGACAUGGCAACUCGAGCCGAGCGAGGCAAAUCGAGAUGCCCUCAUAUAUCUGGGUGAGCAAAUCUAUCAGCGGGAUAUCCAGGCCUUGGAUGUUAUCGCCGGUGAUCUGUUUUCGGCAUUGCCAUCGUCCACCAUGGUGCUGUUCAGUUAUCUCAAGCUCGCAGCCCUUGCAGUGGCACUGGCCCCCCAUCUUUCAAAAGCCCACCUCUUGCAUCGUCCUGAAGAUGCUUCUUCAGAAAAGAUCACGGGCAGCCAUGAUCACCUCGGAUUUCGUUCAGAAACAGAGGACCACCAUCUGGUCAAGAGGAAGCACCCAAACCUGAGCCCAGACUACCCGCUCAUGUUCCAAGUCCCACUUCCUAUCCCUCCUCUGAAGCAACCCACCCGAAUUGUUAAAGUCCCCGCUCUGUCCAACAUGACCUCCCCGUUCUCGAACCUUACCAAUGCCAACACCAUGAUUCCCAGGUUUGUGCAUUACUACGAGAUUGAGAUCAAGCCCUUCCAGCAUUCCAUCUACCCGGACCUCAGUCCCGCCAAUCUUGUCGGCUACGAUGGCAUCUCUCCCGGUCCCACCAUCAUGGUGCCACGAGGGACCGAGUCCGUCGUUCGCUUCGUCAACAACGCCCACGCCAACAGCUCCGUUCACCUCCACGGAUCCUAUUCUCGCGCUCCCUUUGAUGGUUGGGCAGAGGACACCACCGCCCCUGGGGAGUACAAGGACUAUUACUUCCCGAACCGGCAGUCGGGCAGGAUGAUGUGGUAUCACGACCACGCAGUGCACAUUACAGCAGAGAACGCCUACAUGGGCCAAGCAGGCGUGUAUCUCGUCCGGGACCCAGCAGAAGAUGCCCUCAACCUCCCUUCCGGCUAUGGCGAAUACGACAUCCCCCUCGUCCUCGCAGCCAAACAGUACAACCUCGACGGGACACUGUUCUCCACUGUCGGGGAGAGAAUCAGCCUCUGGGGUGAUGUCAUCCACGUCAACGGGCAGCCGUGGCCCUUUCUGAACGUCGAGCCACGCAAGUACCGGUUCCGGUUCCUCAACGCGGCCGUGUCAAGAUCGUUCUCGCUAUACUUUGUCAAGACAAGCAAUGCCGGCGGGCUCAACGCCAAACUUCCCUUCAAGGUCAUUGCGAGCGAUUCGGGGCUGUUGGAGAAGCCAGUUCAGACUUCGUACAUGUACAUCUCCAUGGCCGAGCGCUAUGAAAUCGUUUUCGACUUCUCCUCCCACGCCGGACAGACCAUCGAGCUCCGCAACUUUGCCAAAGCCGGCGGCGCCGGGGUCGAGGACGACUACCAAGACACAGACAAGGUAAUGCGCUUUGUGGUUUCCAAUACCACUGCCAGCGCCGACACCUCCGUUGUCCCUGCCCAACUACGCACCGUUCCGUUUCCCCGUCCCAAGACAAGGAGAAAGAUUGACCAGCACUUCAAGUUCCACCGCGCCAACGGUCAAUGGCUCAUCAAUGGCGUUGGCUUCGCGGAGGCCAACAACCGUAUCCUUGCCAAUGUCCCCCGCGGCACGGUUGAGAUCUGGGAGUUGGAGAACACUACCGAUGGCUGGUCUCACCCAAUUCACGUGCAUUUGGUGGACUUUCGGGUUAUCUGGCGUCGACGGGAGGGUAGGCGCGUGGAGAAAUACGAAAGUGAGGGACUCAAGGAUGUCGUAUGGCUUGGGAGAGAGGAAACGGUGCUGGUGGAGGCUCAUUACGCUCCCUGGGACGGCGUGUACAUGUUCCAUUGCCACAACCUCAUCCACGAGGACGACGAUAUGAUGGCCGCAUUCAAUGUUACUGCGUUGCCUGACUUUGGGUACAACAACUUCUCUGCCAAGUUCUUGGAUCCCAUGGAGCCGAGGUGGAGGGCAAAGCCAUUUGCCAUGGCAGACUUUACCGCACGGACAGGGCCAUUCUCAGGGGCGGCGAUUGACCAAAAGGUGAAAGACUUUGCUGCGUCGGACGCCUAUAGGCAUGCCGACGAGAUCAUGGAUGGCUUGGAUCAAUACUGGAGGACCGCCAGCCAGCCUGUUCGGAGCACAAGUACACGAUCAUCUGCAACCAAUACCCGAUCGACCUCGAGCACAGGGACGCGAACCACUACUACAUCUAGGGCAACGACGACAUCGAGGGCAACAACAUCAACGCCAACAACUCGAAAUUUAAGCACCCGGCUUCAAGCAACCACUCGUUCAUUCAUUACAAAAUCAUGGGACAGUUCGGCAACACAGUCGACACUGCCGCCGCGUUUAACGUCUAGGCCGCUGUCAAGUUCUCGUCCGCCAUCCACAGUAACACUGUUCUAGGUAGCCAGAUGACACUACGUGUAUCCGGACAAGGAGGUUUUGCAGGUCUCUCCAUGUAUUGACCUGUUUCGCUUUCUUCAUCUAUAUAUUCAUUCCAGUACUAUUCAGUUAUGUUUCAUUUUCAAUGCCAGAAUCAUUACAGAAAAUCACGAUCG